AUGGCCAUUAAUGGUUUAAGUACUGUCUCUUUCGGUCCAAUGGAAACCAGAAUCUCUAGUGACACAGAGUCAUCCUCUUGUGGCCACAGAAGCAUCAAGAUCAAAAAGUCUAACUUUCCAGCAAAAGGCUCAGAAGCUGGUGAUGUUCAUAGGUUAGAGCUGGAUGCAUACCGAUGCAGCAUUGAGAGAUUGCACGCAUCAGGCCCUAACAUAACAUGGGAACAAGAGACGUGGAUCACAAAUCUCCGUCUUAGACUGAACAUCUCCAAUGAGGAACAUCUGAUGCAGAUAAGAAACCUCAUCUCUGAUGAUAACAGUACAGCAUACAGAUAG